UAAUUUGAAUAGAUACCUUAGAGAUUUUCUCUAUAUGUAUAUAUGGACAACUUCAGACAAGCUUAUGUCCAUUCUCUAAUAUAGUACCUUUGACUUGGCAUCGAGUGUGUUCCUUUUCGACAGUUCUGAAAGAUGGCUAUUAAAAAUAUAAUGCCGACCAAGUUUGAGGGAAGAUACUAUGCUCUUCUUCUUUGUUGGCUUUUUGGAAAUGGAUGUCUUUUAGCAUGGAACACUAUGCUCACAGUUGUGGAUUAUUAUGCUUAUAUGUUCCCUCGGUAUCAUCCAUCGAGAAUCCUUGCAAUAAUUUACCAAUCAUUUGCCAUCGGAGCACUUAGUGUUCUUGUUUACAAAGAGGCAAGCCUAAAUACCAGACGUCGAAACUUGUUUGGAUACAGUCUCUUUGCCCUUGGUUCUCUUGCUCUCCUAGUGUUAGAUUUAUCUAAUUCGGGAAGAGGAGGGAUUGGCUCUUUCAUUGGAGUAUGUGUCAUUAGCGCGGCGUUUGGUUUAGCGGAUGCACAUGUUCUAGGUGGAAUGAUUGGAGAUCUUCAUUUCUAGCUGGCUUAGCUUCUUCGGGAGCACUAACCUCUGGACUGAGGCUGGUCACAAAAGCAGUGUUCAAAAACUCGAGGGAUGGCCUUCGCAAGGGAGCUAUGUUGUUCUUUGCAAUCUCCGUCGUUUUUGAGUUGGUUUGCGUCAUGCUAUAUGCAUACGUUUUCCCCAAGCUCUCGAUCGUCAAAUACUACCGUGCACAGGCAGUCCCUCAAGGAUCGACUACUGUAUGGGGGGACCUAGCAGCUGGAGGCAUACAAGAGUUACCAAGGAGACAGGUCGAGGAAGCCCUAGAAAUAUCAGAUCGGUUCAGCAACAAAGUCUUAUUUUUACUGAACUUGGAUAAUGCAAUCAACUUGUUCUUGGUAUAUUUAGUGACGUUUAGAUUUUUCCCUCGGUUUCUCUUGGAGGACAUGGGAAAAUACAGUUUAGGAGACUGGUAUCCGCUAGUGUUGAUAGCAGUGUUCAACGUCUCGGAUUUGGUUGGGAGAUACGUUCCUUUGGUCAAGAAGUUGAAGAUGGAGUCGGGAAAAGGUCUCAUGCUAACAACAUUCGGACGUUUCUGGUUGGUUCCAGCUUUCUAUUUCACAGCCACAUAUGGAAACGAAGGCUGGAUGAUUUUCUUGACGUCAGUCUUGGGAUUAAGCAAUGGAUAUUUGACUGUUUGUAUCCUAAUAUCAGCCACAGAGGGUCACUUGGCACCGGAGCAAAAUGCACUAGGAAACAUGUUGGUGCUUUGUAUGUCUGGAGGGAUGUUUGCAGGAGUCAUUUGUGAUUGGAUUUGGUUGAUUGGUAAAGGUUGGUGGUAAGUGUUUUGCCUAUAGUUUGAGAAUUAAGCAGCGGUUUGGUUUCCUAUCAAUAAAAUGUAAUCUCUAAAGUCUCGAAGUUAAGUAGAGAGAAUAAUAAUGCACCUUCCAUUUUAUCUCUUUCAAUAAAGUUCAUUUGACAUUA